AUGAAGGAAAACAUAUUAUUAACAGGUAUUACUGGAUUUGUUGGUACAAAUUUAAUAAAACCAUUAUUACAAACCAAAUUAAAUCAAGCAAUUUCAACACCAUCACCAACAUUACUUGACAUCAGUAAUAAAUAUAAAAACAACAACAAAAAUAGUGAUGAUGAAGAAGAUGACAACUUAAAAUACAAUGUUUUUGCACUUGUAAGAGAGCAAUCAAGUAAAAGUAGAUUUUUAGAAGAUUUAAAAUCAUACAAGAAUUUUCAACUUAUAAUUGGGGAUUUCGUAGAUCUCAAUGAAACAUCGCAAAUUGAAUGUAUAAAAAACCUUAAAUCAAUUAUAAUAGAUAACAAUAUAGAUAUAGUAUUACACUUGGCAUCUUUUAUGACCUUUUAUCCCACAGAUAAAGAGAAUGCACUUGUUUUUAAAACUAAUGUGAUAGGUACAGAAAAUUUAUUAAAAGCAUCAGUAAACAUAGAUUUAGAAUCAUCAUCAUCAAUGUCAGCACCAUCAACCCCAACCUCAUCCUCACCAACCACAUUCAAAAACAAACUAUCACUAAUUAAAAGAUUUAUAUAUUGUUCAUCUACUGAGACUAUGGGCGGCAAGAAACCAGUAACUGGUAUACCAAUUUCAGAGUUUGAGGAUCGUUAUAGCAAUCCAAACUACUAUUAUGGAGAAACUAAAAGAAUAGCUGAGGACCAUGUAAGAAGAUUUGAAGAAAGAUUUGGCUUGGAUACUAUCAUUUUAAGACCAACUGGUUUAUUUGGUAAAAACGAUCAGUUUUCAAUGUUUGAAUUAAUUCAAACAGUGUCAUACGGUAUUCUCUUCUUUCUGCCAUCUUUUGCAACUGGACAUUGUAUGUAUUUACAUAUAGAUGAUUUCGUUCAAGCUAUUCAACUUUCUCUUGUCAAAGAGAAAUUGGCUACUGACGAUACCGAAUUGCCCCACACCUAUAUCAUCACACCAGACAAAGGUUUAUCCUACAAAGAGGCCCUAAUAUUUUUAAAUGAAAAGCUAAAUAGAAUGAAGCCACGUUUAAGACUACCUGCCUCAAUUUGCUACCCUGCUGUCAAUCUCCUAGGUUUCAUUAUGUACAAUUUACCAAAUGCAAGAAAGCCAUUCCUUCUUAAAACUGAAACCCUCAAAAGAAUGGAAGAAGACCGUCUAUAUAGUAAUGAAAGAGCCAAGCGUGAACUAGGCUUUAAACCAAAAUAUAGUUUUAAACAAGGCCUCAAUGUAACCAUUGAAGAAUAUUUAGAAAAUGAAAGAAUUGGUUACUAUCCAAUUUCGCCAUUAUUUAUAUUUACAACUAUAAUACUUUUAACAAUUAAAUUUUUAAUAUUAUAA